CCUGUCAGAGCAGCAGCAGCAGCAGCAGCAGCAAAGCCAGAGAGGCUGCGCAGUGCGAGCCUCCAGAUGUGGGUGGAGAGAAGCUGCCAGGAGGGACGCAAAAGGACAAUGACUUCACUGCCUUACCACAGAUUAUUCUAACCACAGGCCAAGUCGAGAGAUUGAGAGGCCUUUCUCCUCAGCGUGAGAAACUGAAACCGAGAGAAAGCGGCGGCUGCAUCAGUCCCUUGAGAAGCAAAGAGGCCAGACUUCAACGCCCACUCCCAAAAUGGCGGCUCCCCAAGCAGAAAUGGCAGACCUGGCACUCCCAUUGCCGGUUCGAGUCAAAAUGGAGGCUCAGAGCCAAGCAGCGAGCGCUUCACCAGAAGGAAAUGGUAAAUUCCCCAGCGUAAGCCCCUGUGGCGCUGCCGAGGAGCUAGCGAGAGGAGCGUCUGUGCCCAGGGUGAAGCAGGAGCUGGCAGAGGAGCCGCCUCAGAGCUGGGAUUGCCAAUGGCAGCGAGUGUUGGAGGUGGUGCCCACUCCAGUGGCGGCCUCAGUGCAGGACAACCCACAGUUGCCUCCUCUGUCCCAGGGGGGCAACACCGAGGCCUACCUGGCCACCUUUGAGCGAGUGGCUGAUGCUUCUCAGUGGCCUAGAGAGGAGUGGGUAACUCGACUUGUGCCCGUCCUCAGUGGCCAAGCCCAGCAGGCCUAUUUUGGUUUGGAUGCGAAAGACAAGGGCGACUAUGGGAAGGUGAAGGUGGCCAUUUUGAGGCUGGACAGCUACAUGGCCACAGAGGCCCAUCGCCAAGGCUUUCGGCACUUCUGUUACCAGGACGCCGAGGGGCCACGAGGAACGUGCCAGCAGCUCCAGGAGCUUUGCCACCGUUGGCUGAGGCCCGAGAGCCAGACCAAGGAGCAGAUCUUGGACCUGCUGAUCUUGGAGCAGUUCCUUGUCAUCCUGCCGCAGGAAAUGCAAGACUGGAUCAGGGAACGUGGGCCUGAGACCUGCGACCGGGCCGUGGCUCUGGCUGAGGAGUUUUUGCAGGAGCAGCAGGAGACCGAGAGAUGGGCCCAACAGAUAACGGUGCCGAUUGAGAUGGUUAUUGUAAACUCCCCCAUUGUAGACCUGUCGGACUCGACACAGAGACAUCUUCGCAGGGAAACCAAACCAGCUGACGAGGAUAACAGCUUGCAAGAAAGCUACUUUGCAAGCAGAACUGUGGCCAAGGAGCUACACCAGCCUGCGGUGGAGGAGCCGGGAAGGAGAGCUCCGGGAGGAUUCGGGGAGGCUGUUUUCCCCAGAGGAGACCCUAGAAGGCCGCACGGGAGCGAGCGCGGCGUGGGGCUGCAGCAGAAGGGGGGCUGCCUCUCGGUCCGGGUCAUCAAGGACAGGGGGCUCAGAGGAGUCCUCGCCGACCCGGAAGCAAAGCGCCACCUGUGCAAGGAGUGCGGGAAGAGGUUCCGCAAGAGGUGGGACCUCAUUCGGCACGAGAGGAUCCACACGGGCGAGAAGCCCUACCAGUGCCCGGAAUGCGGGAACAGCUUCAACAGGAACACCACCCUCACGAAGCACCUCCUCGUCCACUCGGGGGAGAAGCCCCACCAGUGCGCUUACUGCGGGAAGAGAUUCACGCGGAGGUCGCACGUCGUGAACCACCAGAGGCGCCAUUCGUGCCAAGGAAGGUCUUGACGAAGUUCCCGCUGUCUCCUGUUGGUGCGACAGAUUUGAGCAGAGAGCAAAGGAAUUUACUCCUGUAUCCAGAGGCGAAGAGGCUGCAGCCGGGUGUUUGCGCUGGGAGGCUCAGAAGGCAGGCUAUGCUGUUGGCAGAGGGGUGGCUUCUAGAGCUUUUGUUGCUUGUGUGCAUCUCAAAUCUAUGAUCAAAGGAUGUCUGAGGGCAAGCAGCUUCCAGGGGGUGGGGAGGGGUGGGGGAGAAGGGUCUGUACUAUCCAUUCUGUCAUUUGGCAAAGUCGUGAAACUGGGGGAGCAUCUUAAGAGAAAGGAAAACUAUCCAUUGUCAUUUGGAUCCAGAAAGGCAGCCCUGGAUCAGGUUUCAUCUAUUUAUUUAACGUUAUCAUGGGAUCACUUGCUGGAGCUGGAGGUAGAAUAUGUAUCAGGACAUGGGCAAGAUUCUGAGUGCAAACCAGCUGGUGCCACUGGGAGGACUGCAAAUUUU